CGCCUGCUCGCCCUCCCGACUUCCGGCGUCCGCGCCGGCGCGUAGGAGGUCCCUGUGCACUGAGGUGGCCCGCUGAGCUGAGCUCGUCUGUGGUUCUGCAACCUGGACAGAAAGUACUUAUAUGUUGAUCUUCGGUUCUUAGCGACCCAGUCACCAAUUUCUUGACCUUUUCAGUUGAAGACUAUUGGCAUGCCUGUGCUCUAGAUAAAGCAUGUACUGAGAAAGCAUCAGGCGCUGUAAAAAGGGUCGACAUGAAUUGCAUCGCUGGGUGAAAUACCCGUGUAGACUUCAAAGAAGAUGCCAGCAACUUCAGGUUUCACUGAAACAUGCCUAAAACGAAUGUAUGUCUAUACAUGUCCGAAUGUUUAUGAGGAUGUUGGAAAAUCAAGACCGUGGGUGACUUUAUGGUUGGAAGUAUCUUGCCCCGGAACCAUUUCACCGCAGCCCAGGCUUGGCGGACUCCUCCGCUCAGAAACCUUCCUCGCGUUUGAAUCAUUUCUCUUGUCCUUUCAGUUCUCACUACUCUCUCCCAAGGACACCCACACGGACCUGCACAGAGGAGUAUUUCUCUAUAAAUUCCUUCCACUUUCCCACUUCUGUGCGUUUACUCACAUUGGCUCCUCCGCCAAGAUGCCCAUGCCAUCUAAAGACCAUCCUAUGUCAAGUGCCGGAAGUGGUUCCCUCGGCCGAACCUUCAUAGGUGGAAACUGACCUCUCUAGUAGCACUUUCUUUAUUAACUAAACUUAUAUUUUUAUUAAAUGCAAUUAUGUCUUUCCUAAUUAGACUGUAGACUUUUGAAUGUAGGAACUAGACCAUAUUAAUCUUUCACUUGGUUAAUGUAGUAUUUUUUUAAACAGGGAUGUAUUGGGGUCUACACUUCAGAGAAUUUUUAAUUUUGGUACCACGUUCAUUUUGGUUUUAAAGAGUAAUUGUAAGUGUCAGUAGGAUAAACAGCUGAACACUGAAACCUGCCAAGUGAUUCCAGUGCCCACAUUUAUUUGUGUUUAUCUCCCAUUUUGGUACCAAGAAAAAGAACUGGUUAAGAACAUCAAUGACAGAUGUGCUGCAGGUGAGGAUCGAGUGGCAUGUAUGAACAGAGGUUUUUCAGCAAGUUAAAGAAAAGCAACGAGAGAAUUGAUUCUUCCCUACUGCGUGACCAAGUCAAAAGGACCUAUGUGGCUGUAGGCCAGAACCAUGUGUAUUUAACAAGUGGCUAUUUAGUUCAGCAAAUUUUAAUUUCACUGGUUUUCAGUUGUGUUUGUAUUUAAUCUGUAUUCAUUCCUUCAUUAAAUAUUUAUUCUUUGGUUUUUAUGAGUAUAAGAUUUGGGGUAUAGUUAAAUAAGAGAUUUAGGAUAGAGUGAAUGUAUUUAAGAAACAGUACAACAAUUUAAAUUCAUAGCUUUCUUUUUUUAAAACAAAAUAAUAUAUUACUCAAUUUUUAACAACACUGACUUAGAUAUUCAUCAUUCUCUGCUUCCUUACAGCUUAGAUUUAGCAAAUAAAGAUCUAUUCUAAAGCUGAAGGCAUAACCAGUUGUGUAAACACAGAUGGUGGUGCCCCAGCUAUAAAGGCCCAUUGCUUUCUUACUCUGUUUGUUUUCAGCUUAUAGGAACUCCACCUGGUCCCUAAAACAAAACAAAACCUUUUUUCUCCUUGACUAAUUAUUCCCAGUUCCUAAGAGAAUAAUAGAAAUGAACAAGACAAACUCACCAAGAAUAUAAAGGGCCAGGCAGCGUCUGAGCCUCCACACUUUUUGUGCUCACAAUUCACAGAGAAAAUGUUAUUCCAGAGAAGAGCCUGGCUGUGGUUGUACCUCAGCACAAGCCUCAUUCUAGGAAGCGAGCUGAGCAGCCCAGAGCUCCGUGGUAAAAGUUACUGUUAUCAGCUCCACAGGUUUCACUGCAGCUUUACGGAAGCAGAAAAUUACUGCCGUGCCCUGGGAGGACACCUUGCUUACACUUGGAACCAGGAGGUUCAAGAUCUCAUCUGGGACUUUCUGGAAGAAGGAAAGAAGUGGUGGAUUGGGCAAAAUGUAAUGCUGCUGGGGAAUGAUCAAGAAAACAACAACCCAAAUGUCACAACCCACCGAGCCACCAAGCCCACCAGCUGCACUUACAUGUCCAGAAAGUCCAACCGGGUCUCAUCAAAAGUAGACUUGUGCUCCCUGGGGCAUUAUUUCAUUUGCCAGGCUGACCAAGAUACAAGUUAUGAAAGAAAUGGAAAUAAUUCUCAUUCACAUCGGAGACCCAAAAAGACAAAAAGAGAAGUCGCAAUACCAAGAAACAAAAUGGCCUCAGGAGCCACUCAUCAUUCAAACAAAUGUCACCAACCUGCUCUUGCUAAUCCUUCCAAGACCCUGUGCCAUUCUGCCAGCCCGUUUCCUUCAGUCCUCCCCGCAGUCACACAGCAGGGACUGUCAGUCACCCCUGUGCCUACCAGCCAGCCACCCCCUGUGACGGCAGAGCUCCCCAGGCCUGCGUCUGUAACACAGGCUAGAAACGCUCUGGUGGGAAUAACUUCAAGCCCCAAAGAGGACUCACAUCCAGACGUCUCCACCACUCAUCUCCAAGCAUCAUCUCAGAGCGCAUCCAAUCAGGUCACAGAUGAAAGGGCAUGGAACUUCAGCAAAGCGAUGCAUGGUUUGCAACCUCACAGCCAACUGCAGAAAGCUUGUGAGGUGCUCCAGAGACUGACAGCCAUGAUCCCAGGACUGUCCGAGUCAGUGCAGGUCGAUGUUAUCAACGCCCAUAUUUACCUGAGUGGCCAAUUACUGAAAAGCCCAUUUCAGAACAGCAGCACUCUGGGCUUCCAAAUUCCUGUGACUGUCUGCCUCGUUCACUCCCUCAGCAGUGUAGUGAAAGCUGACGAAGCAAGUGGGCCAAGAUCCAAGCAUGACAUUGAGCAGGUAGAAAAUAUUCUGAAAAAGUCCUUGAUGGCCCUUGGGGAGAUCCAGGAAACAUUUCUACAGCAGCAUCCAUUUCCUGAGUCUUCGGUGACUUUGACCUCUUCCAUCGCUACCCUGAUGUUGAGCAGCCAAAACAUAUCAACUUUGCCUCUGAGCUCUUACACUCUCGGAUACCCAGCACCCAUGCGGUUAGCCUUCCCAUCAGCUUCGGCGCUGGAGGAACUCUUGAAUAAACACCCAGGAGUUAAUGUUCAAAUAACAGGACUAGCUUUCAAUCCCUUCAAGGAUUUUGAUGACAAGAACAUUGUUGGAAGCGUCGGAAGUGUUGUACUAAGUUCUAAUCAUAAAUUGCUCCGAGUCCGUGACUUAAUGGAGGAUAUUGAGAUCAUGCUCUGGAGAAAUGCAAGCAUGGAAACCCACCCCACCAGCGUCAACAUGAGCACGGACUAUUUUACCAUCACAGUGAACGUCACUUCCCUGGAGAAAUCCCUGAUCGUGUGCAUAGAGCCUGAAAGUCCCGUUUCAAUGACACUCUACCUGGGGUUCGAGUAUCAGCCUAACCACACUUUCUUUCACCUGAACAUGACCCUGCCAAAGGCUCAGGUGGAGCAGAAAGAUGAGGAGUAUACAUGGGUGCUGACUCCAGGGAGUUUGCAGCAUGGGAUCGGCAUCUACUACAUCACAGCCGUGUUGAAUAAAAGCAAGGAGGAGGCUCAGCAGACUCCCACCCUGUUCUCCAUCGUCACUGCCCUCACUCAGUGCUAUUUUUGGGACAGCCACAACAGCACGUGGAGGAGCGACGGAUGUCAGGUCGGGCCACAGAGCACAGUGGUGAGGACCCAGUGCCUCUGUAACCACCUGACCUACUUUGGCAGCGACUUCUUCAUAGUGCCCCGGACAGUGAAUGUUGAAGACACGAUCAAGCUAUUCCUGCGCGUGACCAACAACCCUGUUGGGGUGUCCUUGCUGGCCAGCCUUUUGGGGUUCUACCUGCUCCUGUUUGUGUGGGCUUGGAGAAAGGAUCAGGCAGAUAUGCAGAAGGUGAAGGUCACUGUCCUGGCCGAUAAUGACCCCAGCUCUCGGUGUCGCUACCUUAUUCAGGUCUCCACUGGAUAUCGAAGAAGGGCCUCUACAACAGCUCAGGUGGUGGUCACCCUGUAUGGGUCAGAGGGACGGAGUGAGCCCCAUCACCUCUGGGACGGCCAGAAGGCAGUCUUUGAACGAGGGGGACUGGAUGUCUUCCUGCUCGGCACCCGGUCCUCCCUGGGGGAGCUGCACAGCCUCCGGCUCUGGCAUGACAACUCGGGCACCAGCCCUGCCUGGUAUGUAAACCAGGUAAUUGUCAGCGACAUGGCAGGUAACAGGAAAUGGCAUUUCCUAUGCAAUUGUUGGCUGGCCGAGGACCUUGGAGAUUGUGAGCGUGACCGGGUCUUCAUACCAGUCUCAAAGAAACAGCUCUUUUCCUUUAGACACCUGUUCUCCUCCAUGAUCGUGGAGAAGCUCACCCAGGAUUCUCUGUGGCUCUCGGUUGCCACUCGCCAUCCCUGGGACCAGUUUACGAGAGCCCAGCGGCUCACGAGCUGCAUGACCCUUCUGCUCUGCAACAUGGUCACCAGCCUCAUGUUCUGGAGGAUGAGCGGCCCCCCCACCCACAGAGACGAGCAAGUGGGUCCAUGUGCCGUGACCUGGUCCGAACUGCUUGUCAGCAUCCAAACUGCCGUCAUCCUUUUCCCAGCCAACCUCGUCAUAGGGCGGCUCUUCCCACUGAGUCAGCCCCAGGAGCCUCUGCCCCCCUCAGCUCCCCGGCAGGCCUCCUGCUUCUCAGAUGCGUCUUCUGAGCCUCUCUCGGCCUCAGAGGCCGUGGAGGAGCUGAAGGAAACGGUGGGGUUUCUGCUCAGGAGAGACCCGGGCCUCCUCUCAGAACAUGAACCGUCCUCGUGGGGUUCCUACCGCGUGAGCCAGCUGGUGGCGCUGUUAUCCAGCCUCAUUCGUUCUCACCUGGAGGCAGCACCCUGCGGGGCAAGUGGUAAGGCCGCAGUGGCUGCUGAAAACCACCGUCCUCUCCGCUGCUACCUGCUCAGGGUUCUGCAGAGGCUGCGGUCGCACUUGAGCACCUUGGGUCCCACCCAGUUCGACCAGCCUGGCGACCUCCUGGGUGCAGCCAGCCACCUGCAGAAGCUCCAGGAGCUCCUGGAGACACACAUCCUCCCCGCAGAGCCAGGGCCCGCCGGGGAGGCAACCAGUUUCCCCAUCCUGAGCCCAGAAGGAGGGCGGAGGUCCGCCGCAAAUGGUCUCUCCAGGUGGUUGGCUCCCAUCUGCUGGCUCCUGCUGGGCGCCACUAGCCUGGCCGCGGCCUUUUUCACAGCACUGUACAGCCUGGAACUGAGCAAGGACCAGGCCACCAGCUGGCUCAUCUCUAUGAUCUUAUCAGUGCUUCAGAACGUCUUCAUCAUCCAGCCAGUGAAGGUGGUCUUCCUCUCGCUGUUCUUGUCGCUGGUCCUGAACAGGGUGCCCUGCCUUAGCAAAGAGAAGGAUCAGCAGACGAAGAGGAUCCUGGCACUCUCGGCAAAAUGUCCUCCAUCAUCGCCUGGUUCAAGAGAUAAGAGGAACCCCGUCUAUGUAGCGCCAGCUAUGAACAGUCCAGUUACGCGCCCAGAAAGAACCUUGAAAGAGAAGCAGCUCUUCAAGCUGACGGGGGAGAUUUUGGCACAAAUCCUCUUCCUGGCCCUGUUGAUGACUGCGGUCCACUCCGCGCAGAACCCCAGCCGCUUCCACCUCCAUCGAGCUCUCAGGAAGAGCUUUUCUCACGGCUUCUCGGAGAUCAGCCUUCUGCAGCACUUCUACCCCUGGGCCAGGCACACCCUCCUUCCCAACCUGUACGGGGAUCACAGAGGAUUUAUUGCCGAUGGGAACUCCUUUCUUUUGGGCAAUGUUCUGCUUCGUCAGAUUCGCAUUCUGAAGCCAUCUCAUCAAGAUCUGGAGGAUACAGAGAACUACGGGGUUAACUGGAGCCCCCCUGAAACAAACAACACAGAAUCAGACGGCAUUUGGCAUUAUCAGAAUCAGGAGGCACUGGGUGGCUACCCCGUCCGAGGGGAGUUUGCCACUUACUCGGGAGGAUACGCUGUCAGACUUGGGAGGAACUCUAGUUCUGCAACCAGAGUUCUGCAGCAUCUCGAACAGAGCCGCUGGCUAGACCGUCGCACCAAAAGCCUCUCUGUGGAAUUCGUGGUCUUCAAUGCUAACGUGAACCUGUUCUGUGUAGUGACCCUGAUUCUGGAAUCCAACAAUGUGGGUGCUUUCUUCGCCUCUGUAAGACUGGACACUUUAACUUCCCUUCAGACAUCAAGGAAGGACUUUGCCUGGUCUGUUGCCUCACAAGUCAUCUAUUAUCUACUAGUCUGUUACUACGGCUUCAUACAGGGUCGCCGGCUGAAACAGCAGAGAUGGAGGUUCUUAACGAGGAAGAAAAACAUUCUGAACAUGAGCAUAAUCCUUACCAGCUUUGCCAUCUUGAUGCUUGACAUCAAGCUUAUUUCUCUACAUAAGAAGAACAUGGCACAAUACCACUACGACCGUGACAGGUUCAUCAGCUUCUAUGAGGCAGUAACCGUGAACUCGGCUGUCAUUCACCUCAUGGGCUUCCUGGUUCUGCUGGCAACUGUUCAGCUAUGGACGCUGCUGCAUCUUAACCCCCGGCUGCAGGUCAUCGGAAGAACACUCACCAAAGCCUGGGAUGAGGUGGUGGGCUUCCUGCUGGUCAUUGUGAUCCUGCUGACAGGCUACGCCAUGGCUUUUAACCUGCUGUUUGGAUGGAGCAUGUCCGACUACCGAACGUUUGUCAGCUCAGCAGUGACUUUUGUUGGUCUCCUGAUGGGAAUCUCUCAUUAUAAGGAGAUUAUUGCUUUAGACACAGUCCUGGGAUCCUUUCUGAUCCUCACCAGUGUCAUCUUGAUGGUACUCGUGAUCAUUAACCUUUUUGUUUCUGCCAUUCUCAUGUCCUUUGGUAAAGAAAGAAAGUCCCUUAAGACUUGGAAAGAAGCUACACUGAUGGAUAUGCUGCUGCAGAAGCUCUCAAGUUUGUUAGGAAUCCAGUGCACCAGAACACACGUCCUGGAAGCCGCUGCAGAGUCCCAGAGGAGUGACCAUGCAAACUCACAGGUGCUUUCUGGGCUUAAAUACAGAGACUGAAAGGGUUCCUUACUGCUGCAGGCAUCCACAUUACCCAGGGAGACAAAGG